CUCAGUAGUGGUGAAUGGAUUGCGCAGCGUCAAAUAACUGUAUUGUGUUUUUCUUGAAAAAUUGUUUUACUUCAUUGAUAAAAUUUGAUAUUUUGUGAAUGAACGCUGUUUGUAAACAAACGUUACCUUGACCGUUACUAUGGCGACACUUUGUUGGGGCAUAACUGUAAACUGAACAUUUGUGAAUGAAAUCGAAUUUCAUUCUGGUUUGAUCAAUAAAAUUUUUCACUGAUCUUUGAAAAGCUGCAAAAAUGACACUGUAUUUCGACACCAAGGUCCAGUUUUUGGACAGUGAAGCGAUCAGUACGGUCAGUUGUUGGCAUCCGAAUGAGCCGAUCUUCGCCGUGGCCUCGUACAGUAAUGAACGGGGUGGUUCCGUAACGAUCUUUGAUGAUACGGGUGUCCCCCUACGGAACGUGACCUACCCGGUGCACUUGACGUCCCAAGCGACGGUGCUAACCUGGCACCCGGAGAAGAAGAUUCUGCUAAGUGGGUGGGAGAAUGGCGAGAUACAUGCCUGGUUCGAGGGCAAACGGGACUUUACCACCAUCAAUGGGCCGCACAAGUCUCCGAUUAUGCUGCUGGAGUUUAGCGAGAAAGGGGGGCGGGUCAUUACGGCCGAUGCGAUGGGAGUGUUGACCGGAUGGCGGUACGACGGGCAUGGUCAGUUCUUGACCAUGUUCAACCAUGACCUGCGGGAUCCGCUGCUGCACAUCACGUUCCGGAAGUCGAUCGAGAGCGCUAGCAACCGGGAGCUGACCAAUUUGGCCAAAGCCGCGGUGGCUGGCGACGAGGCCGCGCUGGACACGCUUACCACGUGGCGCCCGCGGACUGCCGUGCGAAACCUGGCGCACGCCACCCUCGCCGACAACUACUGCUUUUUCGCGUGCACCCAGGCCGGCAUCCUGUACUACAUCAACCAGACGGGCACGUGCACGGAGAUCGUGCGCGGGGACAGCAUCCCGAUCAUCCAGAUCCUGUGGCACCCGAGGCAGGACUCCAUCGUGCUGCUGCUGGAGGACAUCACCAUCGGUCAUUACGAGGUGGAUGGCAGCGGCCAAAUUACCGAGCUGGACCGCGUCAAGCUGUCCGGUUCGGUGAAGGCGUCCGGUUACAAAAGUGCCAUCACGUGGGUCGCCGGAGUCGGUGCGGCCUUGGCGAUUUUAACAGGAGAUUUGUCCGUCCGUAUUUGGGACAUUGAAAGUAACGAUAAUUACGUACUGUCGAUGGAGUUGACAGCCACGGCUGGAAGUGGAACAAAUGUACCGUCCCGGAACUCUGCCGUUGAGCUUUUCACCUGCGUUUCAUACUGCAAAGACAACCAGACGCUGAGUGCCGGCACGAAUCAGGGCAAUUUGUACACGUGGCGCCGGCUGAACGUGAACCGGUCGUACGACUACCCGGAGAACCAGUGGCAGUUGACGAACGUAACGCCGGUCCGCGGCACGAUCAAGAGUCUCACCUGGGGCAUUACGGACGCGAACCGACCCUGCAUGAUGGUCAACUGCCUGUCGAGUGUGUUCAUCCUGAAGGAGCAGGCCCUCCUCGCCGGUCACACCCGAACCCUGUGGGCGACCCAGAAAAAGUCCAACGAGUUGGCCCUGGCCCAGCAGAGUACGUCGGCGGGGGGUGACGCGGAACGGCGGACGGCCGUGAUGAAAAGCGAUAAUUCCAUCAUCCAUCUUGCGCUGAGCGAGAUAAAUCUUGUCCUAACAAACGGCCGUACGGUGGCCGUCUACCGGGUGGGCGUCCCCGGCGUCGGAGGUUCUUCCGUCGUCUCGUCGUCCGGAGGCCCGGAAGAAGACGCCGAUGCGCUAUCCAUCACGUACCAGGGCAGCUUUGGCGUUGAUUGUGUGGCGAUUUACCUGUACGACCAGAACGUGGUGGCGCUCGGGGCGGAGCAGGUGAAAAUUUACUCCCUCAGCGGGGUCGUGCUGCAGGAGAUAUUUUUCAGUGACCAUGAAGGCAAACCCAUCGGCGCCGACCUGCUCGGACCGUACCUCACCGUGUUCACCCUCAACGGGUACAUCAAACUGUACGACAUCUCCCGGCACGAGCUCAAACCACUGCAACCGCCAAAGAGCGGCUACGAUCUGUUUGAAAAGUUCGGCGAAAUCAUCUCCGCCAAGUGCAACGCCACCGGGACGCACGUGGCCGUCACGAUCGCCAACGAGCAGCUGCUUCCGGACGGGAAGCUGUACCUGUGGAACUUGGAGAGCAGCAACAUCAAGUACUACGAGUUUUCCAGCAAGGGGGAGGCCGAUUCGGUGAUUCAGCACUUGCCGAUCGGGUUCUACUGGGACACGGACGAUCCGCGGAUGUUGGCUUGUGAGACGAAGCCGAUUCCGGGACAGAGUAAGGGCGGGAAGGGUGGUGCGGGGAAUGUUCCCGAGUCGCAGAUUAACGUGGUGUUUGUUGAUCAGCGGUUGCAGCUGAGGGAGCUGGAGUUGAUCGAGUUGGGGAGUGGGGAGCAGUUGAUUAAUGUUUGUAUUCCGCACGUGGUGAUUUUGAAGCUAAACCAGGUCGAGCGGGUUCCGUUGAGAGAUUUCAAGGGGUUGGAGGAUUGCGAUCUUGUUACGCGGAACAUGGUGUUGAACUUUAGCUUGAACGUGGCCCAGGAGAACAUGGAUCAGGCGUUUAGCUGCAUACGAUCGCUGAAGUCGGACACGGUUUGGACGAAUUUGGCGAAGCUUUGCGUCAAUACGGGGAGGUUGGACGUGGCUAAGGUGUGUUUGGGUCAUUUGAAGAGAGCGCGAUCGGUGCGGGCGUUGAGGAAAGCGAUGGAGGAUCAGACGUUGGAGCAUGAGUGUCGGGUUGCCAUCUUGGCGAUCGAGUUGAAUAUGAUUGCGGAAGCGGAAGCGUUGUACAAGAAGGUUGGAAGGUACGAUCUGUUGAAUAAACUUUACCAAGCUGCGGGUAGGUUCGAUGAGGCGUUGGAGAUCGCUGAACACCUUGAUCGUGUGCAUUUGAAAAAUACUUAUCACAAGUACGCGGAAUGGUUGAAGGAGAAUGGAAAGACCCAGAAGGCGAUCCAGUUCUAUGAGAAGACAAACAAUUUGAUGCACAACGUGAGCCAGCUCUUGAUGGACGAUCCAGCGGCGUUGAAGAAGUACAUGCAGGGUACGAAAGACCCGGAACUUCUCAAGUGGUGGGCUCAGUACAUAGAGAGUAGUGGUGAUAUGGAGGGGGCGUUCAAAAUCUAUCAAAAGUCGGAGGAUUGGUUCUCUCAGGUCAGGAUCCUUUGCUUCAUUGGUCAAGUUGGUAAAGCGGACGAGAUCGCUCGGAACAGUGGCGAUCGUGCUGCUUGUUAUCACCUGGCUCGCUACUACGAAAACAGUGGCAAGUUUUCCGAGGCGAUCCAAUUUUACACGCGAGCGCAGACCUACGGCAACGCCGUAAGAAUCUGCAAAGAGAACGAUCUUCAGGACGAUCUUUGGACGGUUGCUUGCACGGCUCGCCCUCGGGACAAAGCCUCGGCCGCGGCUUACUUCGAGGAGAAUGGAGACUAUCGACGAGCUGUAGAGCUUUACCACCGAGCUGGAAUGUUGCACAAAGCCGUCGAGAUGGCGUUCAAGUCACAACAGCCGGAGUCAUUGCAGGUGAUCGCGUCCGAACUGGACGCUAGUUCGGAUCCGGAGUUGGUAAGCCGUUGCGCUGACUUCUUCAUCGGAAUCGAGCAGAACUACAAGGCUGUUCAGCUGCUUGCAAGUGCUCGACAGCUCGAUCGAGCACUUCAAGUAGCCGCGGAUCACUCAGUUCCGCUCACGGAAACUCUUGCGGAACUUCUAACCCCGAACAAGGAAGAAGUCUCCGAGGAAGCCCGAAUUUCCAUCCUGAUCAAGCUAGGUGAAAUCCUCCAAGAGCAAGGCGACUACCACUCCGCUACGAAGAAGUUCACCCAAGCCGGCGAUAAGAUCCGCGCCAUGAAGAGCCUCCUAAAGUCCGGCGACACCGACAAGAUCAUCUUUUUCGCUGGAAUGUCCCGUCAAAAGGAGGUCUACGUGAUGGCUGCCAACUAUUUACAAGCCCUAAGCUGGCAAAGUGACUCCAAGAUCCUCAAAAACAUCGUGACCUUCUAUACCAAAGGCCAGGCGUACAACCAACUGGCAAACUUUUACGCUAACUGCGCCCAAGCCGAAAUCGACGAGUUCCGUGACUACGACAAAGCUCUGAAGGCGCUCCAGGAAGCGGCCAAGUGUCUCUCGCGUGCCACCCCACCUUCCCAGAAGAUCAACGACACUCUUCAACAAGCAAUGGCGGAGGUACGCAAGGUGAUCGACCUGCAGGACGCCGUCGAACGGCGCGAGUUCCUCGCCGUCAUCAAACUGCUCAAGGUCAAGCUCGAGGAGCAGGUUGGACCGCCGGUGCGGGUUUGGGACCUGCUCGCACUGCUCGUGGAAUGUCUGGUCUCAACGAGUCAGUACUCGGAAGCCCUGUACUAUUUGAAGGUGCUGGCCCAGAAGAAGCUCGACUGGUACCAGCAGGAGCUGAUUGAGCGGAGUUUGCUGGACAAGCUGGUGGCGGAGACGGGGGUGAAUUUGGAGCCGUACGUGAGUCCCGGAAGGCCGCAGCGGCCGCUGACUUCGUCAACGGUGACGAUCGAUAGUGACGAGGAGGAGAUACAGGAAGAGUUUGAACAGUAGAAAUAUAAAUUAUGAUGCGUGUUUGACUUAAAAUCUCAUAGUUUUAAGAUUUGAAAUAAAAUUCCCUGUCGUAAUUAUUUAUUCUAGCU